CAGCAGCGAGUAGAGAAGAACUCCUCCUCCUCCUCCUCCUCCGACAGCAGAGCCCAAGAGCCACGACCGAAGAGGAGGGCAGAGCAAAAAGAGCGAACAACGAAGUGUGAAGAAGCAGCGCCAGCAUGUCCUGGACGGAGAAAGUGGACCCGGAGCUGAUCUUCACCAAGCAGGAGCGCAUCGGCAAGGGCUCCUUCGGCGAGGUGUUCAAGGGCAUCGAUAACCGCACCCAGCAGGUGGUGGCUAUCAAGAUCAUUGAUUUGGAGGAGGCCGAAGAUGAGAUCGACGAUAUCCAGCAGGAGAUCAUGGUGCUGUCGCAGUGCGACUCGCCCUAUGUCACCAAGUACUAUGGCAGCUUCCUCAAGGGCACCAAGCUCUGGAUCAUCAUGGAGUACCUGGGCGGCGGCUCCGCAUUGGACCUGAUGAAGGCUGGCAGCUUUGAGGAGAUGCACAUCGGGAUCAUUCUGCGCGAAGUGCUCAAGGGUCUGGACUACCUGCACUCGGAGCGCAAGCUGCAUCGCGACAUCAAGGCGGCCAACGUGCUGCUCAGCGAGCAGGGCGACGUUAAGCUGGCGGACUUUGGAGUCGCCGGCCAACUGACUAACACCACCUCCAAACGGAACACGUUCGUGGGCACGCCCUUCUGGAUGGCGCCGGAGGUGAUUAAGCAAUCGCAGUACGAUGCCAAGGCGGACAUCUGGUCGCUGGGCAUCACGGCCAUUGAGCUGGCCAAGGGCGAGCCACCCAAUUCGGAGCUGCAUCCGAUGCGCGUCCUCUUCCUCAUCCCCAAGAACAAUCCGCCCCAGUUGACGGGCAACUAUACCAAGUCGUUCAAGGACUUUGUGGAGGCCUGCCUGAACAAGGACCCGGAGAACAGGCCCACGGCCAAGGAGCUACUCAAGUACCCGUUCAUCAAGAAGGCCAAGAAGAACGCCUACCUGAUUGACCUGAUCGACCGCUUCAAGAAGUGGAAGGUGUCCAAGGGCGAUGAAAGCGAAACGGAGUCGGAAAAUUCCGACUCGGACUCCGAUGCCAAGCAGGGCGGCAGCAGCCAGGACGAGCCCUGGAUCAUGACCGUCAAGGGGCUGCAUAUUAAUAGCGCUCCGCGGGCGGGCGUCAAUAGCUUCCAGCUGCAGGAGCACGAGUUGACCAUGCAGAAACUAAUGCAGACCACACAUUCGCCUGCAGGUCCGGCCACCUCCGCCUCUGCCUCCGCCGCCGCUAACGUAGCCGCUUCCCCUUCCGCCUCGGUGUCCGCCAUAGCGGCAUCCGCAUCCUCCGUGUCCGUGAUCACAGCUAGCGAGGUUGUGGCUACCGCAUCUUCGUCCGCCCUGCCCCCCCAAGCCAGCCACAACCACAACAACAUCAACAGCAGCAGCAGCAGCAACAACAAUAACAACAACAAUAACAAUAAUAGCCACAACAGCAACAUGAGCAACAAGCACGCCACCACCACCAUGCUGAACGCAGCUCCUCUGCCGAGCGCCGUGACCAGCUCCUCGUCGGCCAGCGAGCUGCAGCAGAAGCGCUCAAGUUCCAAGCCGGAGCUGCGUCAGUCGCGCUCAGCGGGACCGCUGGAUCAAGUGGAGGAUCGUCGCGCCUCCCUGGGCCUGCCCCUGCAGUCGUCGGCUUCGAACCAGUCGCAGGCCGAGCAGCAGCAGCAGCGUCGCAGCAGCCAACGUGAAUCAUUCCAUUCGACAAACGCCGCCGUGGCCGCGGCCGGCAGCAGUGGUGGUGGUGGUGGUGGACACAGGGAGAGCCACAGGGACAGGGACAACCACAGCCACAACAGUAACAGCCACAGCCACGAGGAGCUGGUGGUCAGCAACCAUGGGAACCACGCCAAGCAGGCGUCGGCGGGACAACGCCUUAUGCAGACGAACAGUGCCUGUUUGAACAACUUCCUCUUCCCGGUGCUGACCGACAUUCAGCGCAAGUAUUCCGGUGGCGGCGGAGCCGGUGGUCCCGGACGUAACCUGGGCGUUGGCAGCGACAUCGGAGACCUGAAGUCUGUGUUCGAGCUGGCCGAGCGCUCCAGUCCCGGCGUGAGCGACCUGUUCAUGAAGGAGCUGAUCCACAUGCUGGUGCCGGGCUACUCGGAGACCCGCAUCAACACGAUCAUGGACCGCGCCAUACGCAAUCGCAAGUAGUAGGUGGCAGCCGUUGACGCCGCCGCAGACCAGAAGUAGCCUCUAUUCCGAUUCCAAGCAACAAACCUACUAUAUACUAUAUACACCAUUAACGACGAGACCGAGACGCGAACUUAAAACAAGCAGGAGAAGCCGAAAAAACACAUAUUCCGACAUUUAGUGGCCAACGGAGGAGCGGUGUAGCGGGAGCGAGAUGUACAUGUAUUUUCAAUUGAACAGUUAUUUAAGCAUACAAUAUGUAUUCGUUUGUUUAUCUGCAAUAUUAAUCUAAUGUAAAACAUAUAUGACUUCAGAAUAAAAAGCCCACGAAAAUUA